GCACUCGACGUCGGAGAUUCGUACUCGUAUACACCGUAGGCGUAGGAAGCUCGGAAAAGAUUCUGAGCAGCAAAUCGUUGAAUAAAAAGAAUGAAAAUACGAUUAUCAAACGUUGCAUUCGUUGGUCGAGGCACUUGUAAUUUCGAUUCGAUCGUAGUAACUUGAUAGCCCAGUUGCCGAGGCGAAGACGAAGAAGUCGAAGUGCUCCGUUGUGUCGCGAGUCGCGAGUAAUCGCAGCGGCGGUCGGCGGUCGGCGGUUAUCAAAAAAUCGUGGCGCUGCGUUGAGCGUGCGCUGACGCCAUAGUGUGCUCGAGAGGCGAGAACAGCCGAAAUGGAGGAGAGUCAAACAUCGGAAAGUGUCGCCGUGCUACCGGACAUGUCCGAACCGUUGACGAGCGAGACCGAGGAGGCGUCUGCCCUAACGACCGAACACGAGGCGCAUCCCGUCGCGGUGACGGCAAGCGUCACUUCGGUACCGGGUGUUGCUGGUGUCCCAGGAGUCGGAGUACCGGUUUCUUUGCCUGUUGGUUCUAUCAUCGGUGUAGCGAACUCAACCAACGGCACGACCUUCAACGUCAUCACCUCGGAUCAGUUGCAGUUACCUGGAUCUGGCCAGUUUAAGCAGAUGCUAUGCGUGGACAAUGGGUUUAUUUGCGAACCACGACACGAUAAGGACUCGGAUCCUCUACGGUGGAAUGGAGAAUUAAAAGCAACACACAUAGUAAUCCAAAAUAGUACAGAGGAACAUGAAUCUGAACAGAUACAUGUGUCUGCUGGCAAUACCCAACAAAUAUGCAGUUGGUCAGAAUCUGCUAAUUUGGCAGUAUUGCCUGUUAGGUGUAAAAACACAAAUGCGGAAUUACAUAAAAGUAGAUUCGGAUCUGGAGCAAGAGGAAGGUGUAUUAAGCUUGGUCAGGAAUGGUAUACGCCGAGCGAAUUCGAAGCACUAUGUGGAAGAGCAUCCAGUAAGGAUUGGAAGCGCAGUAUUAGAUUCGGUGGCAGAAGCUUACAGACCUUAAUAGACGAGCAAAUUUUAAAACCUCAUGCAACCUCUUGUACUUGCGCGGCGUGUUGCGACGACGACAGCGCGACAGGUCCGGUACGAUUAUUUACACCCUACAAACGUAGAAAAAGAGCGAGAGAUACGUCGGACGGAGAUGUACCUACACGAAAGAUAAAAAGUGAUAAUUCACGUGAUGGUAGUAACAAUGACGAAAGCGACGGUGAGGUGGUUAUACCCGACAAAGAAGUAUGGCCACAGUUCGUUUCAACGGAUGGUUUGGUUGUUCAACAACCGCAAGACCAGGAUGGAGUUGUUCAAAAUGUGCAUCAAACAGAAAAUGGUCAAACUGACGAUGUUUUUAAAAAACUCGACGAAAUGUCAAAUAAGAUGCUGAAACUGGCUUAUGAGUUUAGAAAAACAUUAGAAGAAGCGAAAGAAGUAAAUAGGCAACAAAGAAGAGAGCAGGCGCUAGUAGCCCAAUUAGGAGGUAGGGGAGAUGUUAUUGAAACUGUUGGAUUACAACCAGCAUCGGAUACUCAUAACAAAAAAUGCGCUAAUUGCAACAGGGAAGCAUUCGCAGAAUGCUCUUUAUGUAGACGAACGCCGUAUUGUUCUACGUUUUGUCAACGUAAAGAUUGGGCGGGUCAUCAAGUAGAAUGUGUUCGGGGUGCUGCUGAAACUGUAAUGCUUAUAGUAGAAAGUAGUAGUGGUGAUACCAGUGCUCUUGCGACAACUACGGGGGACCAAUAGCUAGUGUUCCUCACACCCAUUCACCAAAGGAAUAUAGAAACUGAACAAACUAACUUACAAACUUCAAAAUUAAAAGAAGAGACAAAGACUUAACAGAUUUGUUUAAUGACUUGAAGGUCAAAGUUCUGUAUAUACCGUAGCAAAUAUUUUGUACGCGUGUAAGCUAACGUGUAAUGAUAUUAUUAAGUAUAUAAGUAUGUACGUAAGGAGAAAUUGAAACUUAUUCAGGAUCAUGGCUGGAAAACAUGAGAACGUUAAUGAAAAGGUCAAAAAUCAUAUACCAAAUGAUUACAUGAAUAAAAGUGCAAGGAAAUAUGCCGUACGAAGGCAUAUGCGUGCAUAUGCGUAUCUAAUAGAGAUCGCGGUUUUAAACGAAUUAAAAUACACGUGUACACGUGGCAUGUGGUAUGUGGAGCAAUUAAAGAUCUGUGCACACGGAUAUCCGUAAAACUAUUCAAUAUAUGUAUAGUUUGACUAAAAAAAAUAAUCGGUACAAAAUUUAAGCUCGAUCGGUCAACAAGAAAACGUGUCCCCCAAGUCGUUGAACAUUAAACAGUAAUACAAAUAAAUAAUAUAAAUCGAUUUUCUCGAAUAUCUUCUAAAUUAUCGAAAAAUAUGUUUAACAAAACUUGUAGAUCUGUACAGACUGCGUUUUUUAUGUCCUAUUAGCUUUUUGCGUGAAUCGAGCGAUUUAAAAAAAAGAAAACGAAGAGCUAGAAAAAAAUUAAAAUUUUUGUCUUAAUUUCGAGAACCGAAGUGUGUUUCGAUCAUUUACACAGUGAACAUGUAGAAUAGAAAAAUACACGUGUACACGUAUAUUUACAUACACGUGAAAUAGGGAUCUCUAAUAUCUAUGUAUGCACGUAUGCAUCUGCAAUACAAUUUUAUGACUCUAAAA